AACUCACAGAUCUGCCUGGCCCUGUCUCCCGAGUGCUGGGAUUAAAGGUGUGUACCACCACCACCUGGCUCUUAGGGGCUUUUAGUCGUUUAUUUCUCCUUGCUUUGGCCUAACAAGAAGCAACUAAGUGAGGAAGCUUUUGCUUAGGCUCACAGUUUAAAGGUACAGACCAUCAUGAUGGGAAAGACACAGCGGCCAUUACUUGAGGCAGCUGGUCAUAUUGUAUCCACAAUCAGGAAGCAGAGUGAUGUAUGCUGGUGCUCAGCUUGCUGGCUCCUUUUUAUUCAGUCCAAGACCCUAGCUCAGGGGAUAGUGUCACCCACAUUCAGAGAGGGUCUUCCCAUCCUGAUGAACCUAAUCUGGAAACUCCCUUACAGACAUCCCAGAUGGGUCUCUCUUCUGUGGUUCGAGAUCCUAUCAAGUGUGCAACAGUAACCAUCACCAGGCUGAUGCAUGGAUUUGGUUUUACCCACUGUCCUCUUUGGAGGCAGAGGCUCUCCACUGCUUCUGGGGUGGAUUUUAGUUUGAUGUACCCUUCCCUCAGUCUGUGGCUGGCCUGUUGUGGAGUGUGACAGUUGAGCCCUGACACCGAUUUGAAAAAACAACAACGGAAAACAAACCGAUGUCCAUGUCAUUAACUAUAGAUCUUCGGGCCAUGUCUUCAGAGGGGGCCGAGAGCUGUUGACUGACUGAUGGGCACUCUCUCCUUUCCCCGAAGAGACGAAACAAAGAUACUUUUCCAGCCCUGUGCCACACCCAGCCACCUACAGCCGCGUAGGUGCCAGUGAUCUGACCGUGUGUGGGCCUGAACUGGCUCAUGUGUGCUGAGGGCAGGGCCACACGGAGGCUCUCUCCUAGGGACGAUGGCCGCCCUUCAAACUACUCCAGAAUCCCCAGCUACCCACCUGGAGCCUGCUGAAGAUGGGUCAGAAUGCGAUGCAGACCCUGAAGAGGAGGAUGAGGAUGAGAAGGGGAGAGAGGAGGCAGAGGGGGAACAGGCAGAAGAGGUAGUGGUGGAAGAGGAGGAAGUGGCCACACAGGUACAGGAGGUGGAGGUGGAGGCCAGCUCAGAGGACAGUGCCAAUGCCGAUGCCGAUGCCGAUGCCAACAGUGUGGAGGAGGUGCUGGCAGAGGAGCAGAGUCUGAGCUUGGGGACCCAGGAGCAGCUUAGCAAUGGUGGUGAUGUGAAGUCGCCAGCUCUUCGAGGAGAAGCCCUGCAGGCCUCCCGAGUGUCUCCUACUAUUCAGGACGAAGACCCGGAGGAAGAGGAGGAAGAGGAAGAUGACGAGCAUUUCCUGACGCAGGGGCUGGUGACUUUUGAAGAUGUGGCUGUGUACUUCUCUUUGGAGGAGUGGGAGAGGCUGGAUGUGGACCAAAGGGACCUCUACCGGGAAGUAAUGCAGGAGAACUAUGGGAUCCUGGUCUCCCUGGGUAAGUGGCAAGUCCUAGAGACCCUGGCUUUCUUGGCCAGGUGUGUAUGUUGGGCCUCCAUGAAGUCCUUGACAGUGGCUUUCUUGCCUUGGAGCUGGCCGGUAUUGGCUAUGGCAUGCACCACCUCAUACUUGACCAAAGCGGGUCUGUCCCAAGGAUUUUAGGGCAAUUUCCUUGCCAAGCUCCUGGCCCAUCAUCCUCUUGUCUUUUCACCUUCAGGAGCCUGGUUCUGGAACGAUGACAUGGAGGACCAUGAAGAGGAAGAUGAUGAGGACUUCCUUGCUGAGAUGGCAGAGGAAGAGAACGAGCCCCCAGGGCUCUGGUCUGCUGCCUAUGGUGUGGGGGACGUGCCUGGGACUUGGGGCCCUGACGACUCAGAUUCGGCUCAGACUCCAGAGGGUUGGCUACCCAACCCAGGCAGCCUCGGGAUCCUGGCCGAGGAGGUUGAAGCUAAACAUUUUCUGUCCGGCCGGGAGCCCGGGGAGAACUUUCUGGCUCCCUGGGCGUUUCCCGCAGUGGCUGUUCCUAUCGGACACCCGGAGACCACUUGCGAUGUGUGCGGCAAAGUGUUCCCGCACCGGUCGCGCCUGGCCAAGCACCAGCGUUACCACGCGGCCGUCAAGCCCUUCGGCUGCGAGGAGUGUGGCAAGGGCUUUGUGUACCGUUCGCACCUGGCCAUCCACCAGCGCACUCACACCGGCGAGAAGCCCUUCCCGUGCCCGGACUGCGGCAAACGCUUCGUCUACAAGUCGCACUUGGUCACACACCGGCGCAUCCACACGGGCGAGCGGCCCUACCGCUGCGUCUUCUGCGGCGCGGGCUUCGGGCGGCGCUCCUACUUGGUGACCCACCAGCGCACGCACACGGGCGAGAGGCCCUACCCGUGCCUCCACUGCGGCCGGAGCUUCAGCCAGAGCUCCGCGCUCGCCCGCCACCAGGCUGUGCACACCGCGGACCGUCCUCACUGCUGCCCGGACUGCGGCCAGGCUUUCCGCCUGCGCGCUGACUUCCAGCGGCACCGGCGCGGCGGCUGCACGGAACCCAGCAGCGGCGAUGGCACGGGGAUGGCCCCCCACGAGAUGGAGAUGGCAGUCGCGUCUGUAGCCACGGCGGAGCCGGGGGAACUGGAGGCCAGGCCCGAGGAGAUCGAAGAGCCUGUGCCUGGGGUGGCAGAUGGAGACACCGCGGCUGAAGCCAGAGAGGACGAGGAGGUGGCAGCUGCGGCGGCAGAGGCGACUGUCCCCGACGGCAAGAAGGACCCUGAGCCAGACAGACGGUUCCGUGAGAUGGGCAAUGGCCUGAGCGGGGGCGAAGGGCCUUCCUCGCACCCGCUCGGCUUCCAUUUCCCCAUGCACCCCAAGUCUUGGCUGCAUCCGGACGGGUUCCCCAUACUGGGGUUCCCCGAGUUCUCCGAACGGCUGCAGGCUGAUGGGCGCCAUCUCUCCGCCCCGCUGGGCGCCCCGCUGACUCUGGAGGGCGCGGGGUUGGCUUGUGACCCGUUUCGCAGCGCGGGCUCCGGCGUCGGGGCGGAUGGUGGCCUGCGAGCGUUCGCGCCCGCCCUUCGGCUCCGAUCCCGCCGCGUUCGCCGGGCCCUCGGGCGCCUACGAGGAGAGCGUCCUGUGAGGCCUGGUCGAAGCGCGCGGCGCUUCCCCGCUCCUCGGCGGGCUGAGGAUUCCCAAGUUUGGGUGCCCCUGGGCUUCAUCGCCCCGAGCUUCAGAUCUCGCGCUUGGGCGCGCACGGGCCGCCACCCUGAUCGAGAGUGCCCCAUCCCUGGAUCUGUGCCUCAGGGAUAG